CGCCGUCCAUCACGAUGAUGGCUUAGUCGGACCGGGAAACUGAUUUCUCUUCAGGUGGCCGCUGAAGUGGAAAUUGUCCGCGUGGUUAUCGCCCCUGAAAACCGUUGGAUACUCGACUUCAGUGACGUGUACUUUUACUUUUUGAUCGUUUUGUACCGCCGCUUCGAAAACACUGGCUUGCACUUUCUCGCUUUACUGCUAAUGUUAACAUUUGCGUAAUGCGAUGUUCCACAAUCGCCAAGGUUCGUUGUACUUAUCGCGAAAUAUGUAAAACGGACCAUAAUACGGUGAUUCGUUGACCGAGAUUCUCCCAGAAAGUAAUUUGUAUAAUAGUUGGCCAAAUCACCUGGAGUUCAUUAGCGGCCUUUAUUGUUGGGACAAUUGUCCAUCAAAAACCAAUUAAUUCUUUACGCGUCUUGCCCGUGUCCGGUGGAGGUUGCUUUCGAGUGUUGUUGUUUUCGAGGUGUCUUUCUAUCGCGAACAGUGGCCUGGUUCACUCGUUGCCCUAUCGCCAAUUGAUGGUAGCCGAUUACUGUGCGUUAUCAUUUAAGUGUUGAUUUUAUAAAUGGAAUUGUGUUGCUCAAUUAUCAUCCAUUAGUGAUAACAAGCUAAAUGAAAUUUUAGGUUUUUAAAAUAGAUAUUAGUGUGAAUUCGUUGCCAGUGUGAUGAGGUGAUCUGUGUUUAGUGCUACCACUGUGCAAGUGAGACCUAGAAGUGUUUCUGAAUAUGUGGGGGGCGGCGGUAUCCAAUCCGCCGCAUUAUCAUUAUGUCCAGGGGCCGGGCGGGCCCAUACCUCAGGGUGGACCGAAUGGCCCCAUGCUGCUGGGGCCCAAUGGUUCCAUGAUGGCAGGCCCUAACGGACCAAUGUUAGGACCUAGGCAUUUGAGACCGCAAUCCUCAUACUCUCUACCUCAUGGCAGCAAUGGGCCUGGUCGGUGGGGUUGGUCGGGUAGUCAUGCCUCGUCCUUCGACCGCAGGCAACUAAAAGUGCCUCCCCAACCUGCUAGACCAGCGCCCGUGCGCCCUGCUCAGGCUAGGCAAGGAACUGCUAACAAUAAGGUCGAUCCCGAGCUGAUCUUCACGAAACAAGAGAAGAUCGGCAAGGGCUCAUUCGGCGAGGUGUUCAAAGGCGUCGACAACAGGACGCAGCAGGUGGUCGCCAUAAAAAUAAUUGACUUGGAAGAAGCCGAAGAUGAAAUCGAAGACAUACAGCAGGAAAUCAUGGUGCUGUCGCAGUGCGAUAGCCCGUACGUCACUAAAUACUAUGGAUCCUACUUGAAGGGAACGAAACUAUGGAUUAUAAUGGAAUAUCUCGGUGGCGGGUCGGCGCUAGACCUGAUGAAGGCGGGCAGCUUCGAGGAGAUGCACAUAGCAGUGAUCCUCCGUGAAGUGCUGCGGGGGCUAGACUACUUGCACUCGGAGCGCAAGUUGCACCGGGACAUCAAAGCGGCCAACGUGCUGCUGAGUGAGAUGGGCGAUGUCAAGCUGGCCGACUUCGGUGUCGCCGGCCAACUAACCAACACGACCAGCAAACGGAACACAUUCGUCGGUACGCCCUUCUGGAUGGCGCCCGAGGUCAUCAAACAGUCCUGUUACGACAGCAAAGCCGACAUCUGGUCGCUCGGCAUCACCGCCAUAGAACUGGCCAAGGGCGAACCCCCAAACUCCGAACUCCAUCCGAUGAGGGUGCUCUUCUUGAUCCCGAAAAACAAUCCGCCGCAGCUGACGGGUAGUUACUCUAAGUCGUUUAAGGAGUUCGUCGAAGCGUGCCUGAACAAGGACCCGGAAAAUAGGCCAACGGCAAAAGAGUUAUUAAAGUUCCAAUUCAUCAGAAAGGCUAAGAAGAACUCGUAUCUAAUGGACCUUAUAGAUAGGUAUAAGAAGUGGAAAGCGCAGCGGAGCGAGGAAAGCGAGACCGAAUCGGAAAAUUCAGAUUCAGAGGAGAGCCGCGCGGGGUCGGGCGAGGCGGACGAGCCGUGGAUCAUGACGGUGCGCGGCGGCGCGGCCGCGCGAGCCAUCCAGCACCCCGACCUCGACAACAAGCGCCGCCUCACAGCUAUCGACAGCAGAGAGAACGGUAUGUGUAGUAGUGUCCCCAGGUGUAGCAGGGAGGACACCCCGCCGGGUCGGGCGAGGCGGACGAGCCGUGGAUCAGGAGGACACCCCGCCGGGUCGGGCGAGGCGGACGAGCCGUGGAUCAUGACGGUGCGCGGCGGCGCGGCCGCGCGAGCCAUCCAGCACCCCGACCUCGACAACAAGCGCCGCCUCACCGCCAUCGACAGCAGAGAGAACGGACACCCCGCCGGGUCGGGCGAGGCGGACGAGCCGUGGAUCAUGACGGUGCGCGGCGGCGCGGCCGCGCGAGCCAUCCAGCACCCCGACCUCGACAACAAGCGCCGCCUCACAGCUAUCGACAGCAGAGAGAACGGUAUGUGUAGUAGUGUCCCCAGGUGUAGCAGGGAGGACACCCCGCCGGGUCGGCAGGGAGGACACCCCGCCGGGUCGGGCGAGGCGGACGAGCCGUGGAUCAUGACGGUGCGCGGCGGCGCGGCCGCGCGAGCCAUCCAGCACCCCGACCUCGACAACAAGCGCCGCCUCACCGCCAUCGACAGCAGAGAGAACGCGAUCCCGGCGCCCGCGGUGGCGGCGGCGCCCAAGCAGAACGGCGCGCCGCCCGCGCGCGAGGACGACGCCAAGCCGCACAACAACAACUCCGUCGACAAGCAGCCGCCGCGACAGUCUCCAGUAGCCGUGGCUGUGACGGAGCCGCGAGCGGCCAAGGAGCGUGAACGUAGCGACCGAGACCGCGACCGCGGUGACCGCAACGACCGCAACGACCGCAAUGACCGCAAUGACCGGGACCGCGACCGCGACCGUCCCGAGCGCCAGGACCACGAGCCCGCGCAGCGCGACCAUCUAGCCUAUAACAAAGUUGCUUUGGACCACAGAGGAGCGAAUAGCGAGGAAAAAGUCAAAAAGCAUCAGGCAUAUUUGCACCAACUUAUUUACCCGCUACUAAACGAGCUAUCGCGGAAGCACGGCGCGGGCAGCGCGGCGGCCAUCGAGGAGCUGCGCCGCGCCUUCGAGCAGGCCGAGCGCGGCGCGCCGCACCUCACGCGCGCCUUCGUGCAGCAGGUUGUGCAGAGGGUGGCCACGCAGACGCACGCGCCCGCGCCGUCGCACCACAACACGCAGCAGUGGAUGAGGGAUCUAUAAUAUUCCGCCGGGGCCGGAGCCGCGCCGGCGCCCCCGCGCCUGGACAAGCCUUCGUCUCCCGCCGAGCCGGCGCCUGCCCGCGGCGCCCGAGGGGCCUCACCAACUCGCAAUGCCAUACUCGAUGUUCACCCCGGACGCUCCCGGCCGUACAUAUUUUAUAUUGCGUUAUUCAUGUAAAUAGCGAGUUUCGUCUCCUCCCGUUUGUGUGCGGUGGGCGGAGUCCGGGCGCGGUGUCGGCGGUGCCGAAGUCGACUUCGGUUCGUGGUUCGCGUCCUAGUGAAAGUGUUCCCUAUUUAUAUUGUAUCGUCACCGUUUUCUUUGUUAGUCGUAAAAGUUAGGGCGCACGUUUUGGUUGUCGCGGUUCGUUUGUGUGGUGGCUAGUAUAAUUUGCGCGGCCGGCCGUCGGAUGCCCGCGUUAGUUUGGUGUUGAAGCUUUUGACUUGUAGAUAUUCGCGGGGAGCCGAUUCGACACACUUCGCCAAUAUUUUGCCAUAAUUUUCUAAAUUUAAUAUAUUUUUUACUAACGCGAGUCGAUUUUUGUGGAGUCCGAUUUGAGUGAUCGGUCGUCAAAAUUCUAACAUAUUUAUAUACGCUUUAGGAGUAAUGUUUUAAAUCUUGGUGUAGAACAUUUCCUUAGUGUCAUUCCAGACAAAAGACAAUGUUGUCAGCAUUUAUAGUUUACGUUUGGGCUCGCGGUUCGAGUCCGAUUCUUCCCGUGUACUCGAUGCGACUCAUCCUUUUCUCGAAAACGUUUAUUAAAAUUCGGUAGUUUAGUUUCGAAAGGUAGUUUUAGUUGUGUACUCGGUUACUUAACGUUUUGGGAUAAAAUAGUGACUAAUAUGGUGUUCAAAAAGUGCGCGGAACCUCUCUCGCGGCCACAAGGCGACGGCACGGCGUCGAGAGACGAGUAUUUUGUGGAAAUAAAAGUAUUCAGACACCAAUGACCAUGCGGUGUCGACAUAAAAAUGUAAAAAAAAUGCUUAAUAUGCGACAAUAUUUAGCGAUCGGGAGUAAAUAGAAUAUAUAAUGAAGACUACAAAACAAUUAUUAUCGCUGUGUAAAAAUGUAAACCUACGAAUAAUGUGUAAAUUGUGUAGUAUAAUAUAAAGAAAGCUGUUUUAUGAAGUGUUCUUAUAAGCGUACGGAGAGUAGUUAAUGUCUUUCCAAUGACUACUGCGGGCGGCGGCGCGGUCCGGGGCCGCGCGGUGUCCAUAUACUCUGGCAAGGCAACUUAGUCAAUAGAAAAAAGGACAAAAUUCUAAAUUUGUAUGUGAGAUCGAUCUAUCGUGCCUACAUUUUUUAAAUUGAUAAUGUUGGCUUGCUCUAGUAUAUAUAUAUACUAUACAAGCCACAUGUGUUGCAGACCACAUACGGGUCCCGGUCCGGACCCGCGCAGCCGCCGAGCGUCGCGUUGUAUAAUUUUGUUUUGCCAUGUGAGUACGAGACGAACAUGGAUCGCGUUGAUUUCUACGACGGAGGAUCAAAAAUUAUUUUUCCACUUGAUUGUAUAAUGGUAAAGCGUGUAGUGUUAGAGUUGGGCGAUAAUUGUUGAUUAUUGAUUAAAUUAGAUGUUCGUGGCAUUGGAUCGUAGUACUGACGCGGCUGACAUCUCUAGGAGGGGAGGCGAGCACGCUUAGCGAACACGGGCGAGUUGGCUCGGGCGAACCAAAUAAAUGCACUUACACAUAUUCCGUACUCCGAGAUCACAUUACAGUGCUUCGACGGAGAACUCAACUCGCCCGCGAACAACCAAUGGAAAUACACUGCAUGCGCUCCGUUUCAUGAAAGAUUCUAACCUUGAUUAUGGGCGGAAACCUCUUUUUAACUCCUUUUAUUAGAAAUGGAGCUCCGUUUGUGUAACGAUCUUUCAUGAAACGAGGAUUGUAGUCUCGUUACAGAGUCGCUAAAGCCUCACCCGGCCCCGAAGCCGUUAAAGGAAUGUAGUUAUUGUUAAAAGGUUGCAGAAAGCUAAGAUCGCGUUCGGUUCAUGGGUAUUUGUGAUCAUUAUUGCAUAGUUAAUAAAAUAAAAUCUACAUUAUUAUAGUAUUAUGAAAAUUCUGUAAUAAAACCGGUAGUAUUUAACUGUGUAGUCGCGCCGCGUCGCGCGGCCUCCCACAUGUGUAACCUUUAGAAUGUGCAGGAAUGUUUCGCAUCUUUCAGUUAUUUUAUUAAGUAACUCGUUAAUUACGAGGUUGAAAAUGAAAUAGUCCGCAGCCGGGCUGUUACAUAUAUUUAUCGAGCACAUCUCCAGUAUAAAUGUUGACUUCCGACUACGAUUAGUUGUAACGAAGUUGGAAGUGAAGUGCACUGGCUGCGCAGUCCGCGCGGCGCGCGCCCACUCGCACCGAGUCCCGCGCCGGUACCAUUAGUGUAAUGGUCAAUUAAUGUUACUGCGCCUGUCAUUCUAACACGUUUAUGUAGGAAACAAAUUUGACUCUGAAAAUAAAAGAAGUUAUUUAAUUUUGGAA